AUGCCCUCGCCUCGCCCCUCGUCUCCCUCCGUCAAGACCUUGUCGUCCGGACCUUGCGGUGCGACUUUGGCACCGCCUCCAUCCAGGCCGACACGGCAAAGUGCGCAGCCGAGGGCGUCUUUUGCAAAGAAAGCAUCGGCGUGGUGA